AUGAUGGGGCGCUGGCUUACAUUCCGACAGAAAGAGGAGCAACAGCAACGACGAAUCACACAGAAAACGUCAAACACGAUGAAAAGCCAAGGCUAUAUAACUGACACACUUUCGGAGCUUGAAAGAGAGUUUCCUGUAGGUUUUAGCAUUCUGAUGUACAAAGACAUUGAAAUGUUUGAGCGACUUCUGCGUGCCAUUUACAGACCGCAGAAUUUCUAUUGCAUUCACGUGGAUGAUAAAACCAGUGACGAAAUAUUUAAAGCAGUCGUUUCCAUUACGGGAUGCUUUGGCAAUGUUUUUAUGGCGUCUCAACGGAUCAGAGUGAAAUGGGGCAAAUUGUCCGUUCUAACACCGGAACUAGUUUGCAUGGAGGAUCUUCAUCGACGUAGUCGUAAAUGGAAGUACUUUAUUAACCUGACGGGUCAGGAGUUUCCCCUGAAGUCGAACUUCGAGUUGGUAAAAAUUCUGACAGCCCUCAACCGGUCCAACGACGUAGAACACGACACACGGAAUUUCUCUCCCCGAUGGAAAGAGGCCGGUCCUCCACCCUUUAAAAUCAAACCCGUCAAAGGGGCAGUGCAUGCAGUACUCAGUCGGGCAUUCGUGGAAUUUGCUCUUCACAACGAGAAGGCCGUUGAAUUCUACAACUGGACAACACAAACGAAGAUUCCAGAUAAGACCUUCUUUGCUACCCUGAAUCACAAUCCGAGCCUUGGUGCACCCGGGGCUUACACAGGUAAUAAGACCCGGGACAUAGCAGCAAAGCCUUACAUAGCAAGAUUCAAAAACAGGGGCCGUGUGCGGGCAAAAGAGUUCGCGGCGUCUGUAUCAUAG